AUGUUGAAGUUUAUCAAGAAUCACAAGUUGUUUGAAAACCUCCUAGGAAAGUAUGGUGUCCAACACAAGGUUGCUACUCCUUAUCAUCCCCAAACUAGUGGUCAAGUUGAAGUCUUCAAUCGAGAGAUUAAGCGGGUUCUUGAGAAAGUUGUGAAGCCGUCUCGAAAGGAUUGGGCUCAAAAGUUAGAUGAUGCUUUGUGGGCAUAUCGAACGGCAUAUAAGACCCCGAUUGGAACUUCGUCAUACAAGUUGGUCUUCGGAAAAGCUUGUCAUUUGCCGGUAGAGCUUGAGCAUAAAGCUUAUUGGGCUUUGCAAAGGCUAAAUUUGGAUUAUGAUGCUGCAGCCGAGAAGAGAAUGUUUGACAUGAAUGAAAUGGAUGAGUUUAGGCUUCAUGCUUAUGAGAGCGUUGAUCUCUACAAGAAGCGUGCUAAGAAGAUACAUGAUGAAGCCAUUAAGCCUCGUUAUUUCCAUGAAGGACAACUGGUCCUUUUAUACAAUUCUCGGCUCAAACUGUUUCCAGGCAAGCUCAAGUCAAGAUGGUGGGGUCCUUAUGUGGUGCACAAGGUGUACCCCUAUGGUGCUGUGGAUAUUCGAGAUCAGAAAAAUGACACUCUUUGGAAGGUGAAUGGCCAACGCUUGAAGGCCUAUGUUGGAGUUGAAAGUGGCAUAGAGGCAAGAAAAGUGGCUACGCUAGUGGAACCAAAAGCGUAG